AAAAUCGUGUUUACUUUUUUAAACCUUCAAGCUUAUAUGAUAUAGUUACAGCUAAACCUCUUUCGAGACUAGAAAAUUCAAGAGCUCUUAAAUACAGAGAAGGAAUAUUUUUACUUUACGAAAUGUCGAAACAAACUAAAGUCAGCAACUUUUUUGGAAAACCAAAGUUAAAUGACUCCAUACCUCAGGAAAAAAAGGAUAAGAAGUCUGGUGGAAAAGUAAAAAAACGUAUCAUUGAAUCCUCGGAUGAGGAAUCAAAUAGUGAAGUUGACACGAAAAAGAUAAAGUUUGAGAGGGAAAAUGAACGGGAGAAUAAAACCGAAUCUUCAUCGGAAAUGGAUGAAGACAACGUAAAGGAAGAACAAGAUGAUAAUUUGGAAUCGGAACUAGUCUCGACAAAAAAAUUGGUUGACCAAAAGGACAUGAAGGAUGUUGGUGCUGAUUGGAAAAAAGGCGAACCUGUCCCAUAUGCAGGAUUAUGCAAAACUUUCGAAGCUAUCGAAUCAACCACGAAACGCCUAGAAAUUCAAGAAUAUUUAACUUCAUUUUUCAAACAUACAAUCGAACUCAGUCCAGGAAAUUUAUUGGAAACUUUAUAUCUCUGUUUAAAUAGGGUUUGUCCUGAAUACGAAAACGUGGAACUGGGCAUCGGAGAAUCUUUGUUGAUAAAAGCAAUUGCUGAAGUAACAGGUAGGACAACACAAAAGGUUAAAAAUGAAUUAGCAAAAGUGGGUGAUCUGGGCAAAGUCGCUAGGGAUAGUAAAAACAGUCAGAAGAGUAUAUCGAGUAUGUUUGGGAAUCGGGAUAAACUAUUAACGGUCCCUAAAGUCUUUAAUUCAAUGAAAAAGAUUGCCUCUUUGACUGGACACAGUUCGCAAGAUUUAAAAAUUAAGGAAAUACAAAAUUUGCUUAUAUCUUGUAGAGAUGAAGAGCCGAAAUUCUUGACUAGAUCUCUCGAAGGAAAACUUCGUAUUGGGCUAGCCGAGCAAACCGUUUUGAUUUGUUUGGCACAAGCGUUUGUUAUGACAGAUAAAGAGUAUGAGAAACUAGCAAAAGCUAAAAAAACUGAAGAAUUAAACAAUGCAAUAAAAACUAUUAAAUCUGUAUACAGUGAACUUCCAUCAUAUGAUAAAAUUGUUCCCGCUUUGUUAAAAGGUGGCAUUAAAAAUUUAAGAGAACAUUGCAAGUUGACACCUGGUAUCCCACUAAAACCUAUGUUGGCUCACCCAACAAAAAGUAUUACCGAUGUACUUGACAGUGUAGAAGGACAUAAGUUUACUUGCGAGUUUAAAUAUGACGGUGAACGUGGGCAGAUUCAUAGGCUUGAAGAUGGGACAACCAAGAUUUUUAGUCGUAAUUUAGAAGACAAUACUGUUAAAUAUCCGGAUAUAAUUGAAAGAAUAUCAAAGGCUGCAAAAACUAAUACCAAAUCAUAUGUGCUUGAUUGUGAAGUUGUAGCGUGGGAUUUAGAAAAGCAUAUUCUUCUUCCUUUUCAAGUAUUAAGUACGCGUAAAAGGAAGGAUGUUAAAGAGGCUGAAAUAAAGGUUUCAGUGUGCCUUUUUGCAUUUGACUUAUUAUACUUGAAUGGAGAGUCUCUUCUCAAGAAAUCUCUUGAAGAAAGACGUAAACUUAUGAAUGAUUCUUUUCAAGAAAUUGAGGAUGAAUUUUCCUUUGUACAAAAUAUAAAUGCUACAAAUAUAGAGGAAAUCCAAUCUUACUUAGAUGAAAGUAUUAAAGCUAAUUGUGAAGGGUUAAUGGUGAAAAUACUUGAUGGUCUAGAGUCAACUUACGAACCCUCGAAGAGGUCAAGAAAUUGGUUAAAGUUAAAAAAAGACUAUCUUAGCGGCGUAGGAGAUUCGUUAGAUUUGGUUGUAGUGGGUGCAUUUUACGGGCGCGGAAAACGUACGAAUGUAUAUGGCGCAUUUCUUCUCGCUUGUUAUGAUCCAGAGCAUGAAGAAUACCAGACUAUCUGUAAGAUUGGUACCGGAUUUUCUGAUUCCGAUCUAGAGACGCAUUUUAAUUACCUAAAAGAAAAGGAAACGUCCGAACCUAAAAGUUAUUUCAAUUAUGACAAGGGAACUAAACCUGAUGUUUGGUUUGAACCUUGUCAAGUUUGGGAAGUUAAGGCAGCAGAUCUUAGCAUCUCUCCAAUAUAUAAGGCAGCUAUAGGACAGAUUUCUGAAGCGUCUAAAGGAGUGUCAUUACGGUUUCCUCGUUUCAUUAGAAUACGUGAAGACAAAAAACCAGAAGACGCAACCACUAGUGAACAGGUAAUAAAUAUUAUUUGUUGAAUUUUUAAGUAAAUAGGUAGAAUUUCCUUUUAAUAUUAACUUAUUGAUUUCGUAUGUUUAUUAGGUUGCGGAAUUGUUUCAGAACCAGUAUAACAACAAGGAA